UUACGACCUAUUAGCCGUGUUAAAACAAUAAUAAGUAGAUAUGGUGUUCACUGAAGUGACAGGUUAAGGGUUACAUCACUGGAUGUAAAUAGAGUGUGAUAGAGACGAAUUUAAAUGCAACGUUUGUUACUGUCCACGCCUAACCAACUGUGACCCUUUAAAGCUAGCAAACGAAACAUACGGCAAAUGGCGCGAUGAAUUUGCCACACAAGACAAAGAACGCUAUACGUCGCGUGGAUACAUGCACAUGUGGGAAUCUGACAACGGGCGCGUGAUCAUCUCUGAUGUUUACGUUUUUAGGACCUUUGUGUGAUAGUGUCACUCGCUGAUUUUAACUGAAAGCUGUAAAUGAUUCAAAGCUGUUUACUCUAAAACGUGGUACAUUCAUCGGAGGGGUAACAUCAAGUGACUACACUCGGACAGCGAGUUGCCGUUGAGCUAUGGUCUACGAUACGGUUUGUGACGGGAUCGAUUUAGACUUUGUAGAGGAAACCGGAAGUGAUGGAGAAGAGGAAUGGCUUCAUUCUACCCGAGUGAAGUAUUUCACCAACGAACUGUCCUUUAGGGGCCGUCUCAAAAGAUUGUUUUUACGAAAGCCAACAACACGCCUCGGAAGCCGGAUAGUGGACUUGGUGCUGAAGGUCAUCUUGUGCUUACUAUAUGUCAUUAGAGUGGAAUUAGAUGAUCACUUGUCCUAUCAAUGCUAUGGCUACAGUUGUGCGGAUCGAAAUCUCACACUUCCGGUUGACAACGACAAAAUGGUGUUUUCAUCAAACGCCAUUAACUGGUAUGUAUUGAUAUGGGUUCGUCGCUCAUUCAUCCUGUGGCUUAUUCAAGUCAUUCUGUCCUUCAUGACGUUGAUGAAAGGCUUAUUGGACAUAUACAUCGGAUCAAAGGGCACCUGUUUACAGAAACUUACACACGAUGGGUUUAUACUGGAUCUCAUUUGUACAGUGCCUUUUCUUGUUACGGUGUUGUACCCACCGUUACUUAGCAACAUAUUUAUUCCUUGUUUCCUCAACUGUUGGCUUGUCCGAAGAUCUCUCCAGAAAUUACUGAACGAUCUCCACCUAACAAGACAGAGAUUUCAGACAAUAUCUGUGACUCUUUCACAACAACUUCUAGUUCUUCUCGUUACGCUGUGGUGCCUCAUAUUUACCACGAUAUGCGGCAUACAACACAUACAGCGGGGAAGUAAUGGCCAUCAACUGUCCAUGUUCGAGGCUAUGUACUUUGUAGUUGUGACCUUCAGCACGGUCGGAUACGGUGACAUCUCACCGGAUACAUGGCUUGGACAGCUAUUCAUGACCUUCAUGAUAUGUUUGGCAUUCGCUUUUAUACCAAGGCAGGUUGAAGGUAUUACGUCUACAUUAAAAGAGAGGAAAAAAAUCGGAGGAGAAUACAGUCAGCGACACUCGGCGGGCCAUAGACAUGUGGUUGUCUGUGCUACUAACCUCACAGCAGAAAGUAUCAUGGACUUCCUCAUUGAAUUUUACGCCCAUCCAAAACUAGAGGAUCACAUUGUAGUUUUGCUGAGCUCUGAGGAAAGGGACACCAGCCUACAGAUGAUAUUGAAGGACCCAAAAUGGGCUCACCGUGUGAUAUACAUGCGAGGGUCAGCUUUGAAGGAUAUUGAUCUCAAACGAUGCAGGAUACACGAAGCUGACGGUUGUUUCAUCCUUACGCCCACUGCCUGUAAUAACAGAGACGAAGCGGAUCAGCAUACCAUUUUACGAUCUUGGGCUGUGAAAGACUUUGCACCAAAAUGCAGGCAAUAUAUUCAACUAUUCAAAACGGAGAAUAAAAUUCAUGUCAAGUUUGCUGACGAGAGUCGAUUACAGCAACAUGUGGUUUGUGAGGACGAAUUUAAGUAUGCUCUCUUGGCCAAUAAUUGUCUAUAUCCUGGUAUGUCAACCCUGGUCACUCUGCUUCUUCACACCACCACGGGAGAGGCGGGACAUAUCGGACAGGAACCAUGGCAGCAGGUGUAUGGCCGCCACUCCAGAAAUGCUGUUUAUCACAUACAAUUGUGUAAAAGCAUGUUCUUUAGGAGUUAUAGCGGAAAGAGUUUCACCUAUGCGUCAGCAAAUGCACACAAGCGGUUUGGUGUUUGUUUAGUGGCCGUGUUAGACAUUACCAAACCAGAUCCACGUUUACAAUUGAACCCCGGAGCAGAUUACAAGCUAAAGGAUUCGGACUACUGUUUCUAUAUUGCGGAGUUUAAGGAAGAAUAUGCUAAAAUAUGUUCAGAAGUGAAAACUGAUCAGAAACAAACGGGAAAUGAGCCCAACAAAAAUUUAGAUCAGAUAUCGGAACUUUUGGAAAAAUUGCUUCAACAGGACCUUAGUUCACCACAGGACGAACAGGAAGAGAGUGUCUUCAACAAUACUAUUACGUGUCAGUGGGGACUAGAGAUAGCACGACGCAUGCGUACAAAACCGCCAGAAACCCGAUCAUCGGAAAGUGACCUAGACGAAAAUGGAGUAGAUACUGAGGUGGACACCCACGGUCAGACUGAUCCAGCAGUACCAAAGGUCUUACAGCUGUAUGAAGAUAUGGGACAAGAAAGUAUCACGACUGGGCCACCUCCUCCAACUCUCUAUGCCAGUAAACAGAAGACAUUAUGUCACGUGAUGAAGUCACCCCGUCCAGUAUGCUGUUUAGAAUGGGGAACGGACUGUGAACACUGUACAUACAAGAAUGCACGAGACCAUAGAUGGACUAAUCAGUUGAUUAUUUUGGCGGCGGAGCAUGCCUGCGUGGGGAUUCACAACUUCAUCGUCCCGCUAAGGUCAAAUUUCAUCAGUAUGAAUUCGCUCAGUCCGAUUAUUUUGCUGUUAAAUGAAAGACCGACGAACUUAUUUUUAGAAACAAUAGGACAUUUUCCUUUAGUUUACUGGAUUCAAGGGAAAAUUACAAGUAUAGAUGAUCUGAUCUUAGCCGGAAUCCACAAAGUUAGUCAUCUAGUUAUCGUCAACCACGAGUCUAAAUCAAAAGAAAUGGAGAAAACGAUGGUGGACUCAGAAUCCGUGGUUGCAGUACAAACCAUUCUUAAACUUUUCCCAAACACCAACAUCAUAACCGAACUUAGUCAGGCGUCCAAUAUCCGGUUCAUGCAAUUCCAGGCAAACAAUGAGUAUACGCGUCAGGUGUCUAAACUGGAAAGGAAACUAAAGGAAAGGAUGAGUUCGACUUUAUCUCACAUAUUCCGACUUCCGUUUGCUGCAGGACAGGUCUUUAGCGCCAGUAUGCUGGACAGUCUUCUAUAUCAGACGUUCGUUAAAGGCUACCUCAUCACCUUUGUACGGCUAUUACUUGGGAUAGAUGCUGAGGAAAAUUCUGGUCACCUAUCAAGUAUUCGUGUUAAAAAUAUGACUCUUGUGCGUUACCGGACAUUUGAAGAACUAUACCAAGGGAUGGCUACCACAACGGGUGAAGUGCCUAUUGCUAUUUACAGAACCGAGAGAUCUUUAUUGGAUACAGCCGAAGACAGAACAGUCAAUAACAAUGAAGAUGGUAAAAAGAAUGGACUUAUGGAAGCACACAACCGCCCAUCUCUUCCGAAGGGGCCUUUCAUGGGCAAUCACAUGCAGAACAGCGAUAUGAGCGAUCUCGUUAGGAAUCGGUUACAAAGUCUUGGAAUGGAUGCUGAUGAUUACGCCGAAGAGGAUACAAAAGAUGAUGAAAUUUCAUACGUUAUACUUAACCCAACACCAAAGAGAAAAUUGAGGGUAGGAGAUAUCGUGUAUGUAGUUCAACCUAGUAGCAUGGCGGCAAUACCACAUAAACAGAGAUGGAAUCGAGCAAGAUCUGUCAGAGUUAGAAACAAAGAAAAUAAUGGAAAUAUUCGCUCUCCAAGAUCAACGCCACCCAUGUCAACAUCGCCGCGGUCUACCUCUCCAACAUCAUCAUCUCCAGGGUCAUCGUCUCCAAAUACGACAAAGGAAUUUUGUCCAACUGUAAAUUUCAUCACACCGAAUAUAAGUCAUGAACAAGACAAAAAUAGCAGGUUUACUGUUGUGCCAUCAUCUUAACGAAAUGACGAAGAAACUGAACUCCGUGUUAGAAAUUGUAUUGGUGGUUCUGUGAUGAUUUUAGUAAACAUAUGAAUACCGAGGAGAUAAGAUUGAGAAUGGUAUCCACGUAUAUAUAAUUAAGCAAUAUACUCUUAAUCGCAGCUGUUUUGUUUAUAUUAAAUAUUUUUAAAAACAUGGCUGCAUCCGCUUUUCAAUAUCCCUUGUAAUUACAAAGGUAUUUCUCUAUUAUAACUGUGUUGCAAGAUUGUACAUAGACUCACAACUAAAUUGCAACUUUCAAUACAAAUUUAUAUGAACAGUUUAUACAGCAGAUUUGUCCUUCUAUGACACGUCGUAGUCAAUACCAUAGAAACGUAAAAGGCAGCUGGGGAAAUAUAUAGAUUGGUCGGAAUGAUGUUAUUGUUAAAAGCAGCAUGGGGAGGAACAUGGACCCUUGAUAUCAACCCAUACCUCGAUUUUUCCAUAUUGAAUAUAACUUAUUCUACAUUAUAUUCAUGCCGUGUUUGUAAUACACACGCCAUGUGCUUAAGAAUCACUUUGAUUUACACGAUGAUUUAAAAUUGGAUGCUUAAAGGGAUGUUGGAAACGGCAAAACAAAAUAACAUAAAUGCAUUGCUGAAUGAAAAAUGAUCAAUCUGCUUUUCAUGAUAAUGUUUUGAUGGACAUUGAAGACAUUUUGAGUACCAAAUAUGGUGAUACCUUUGCUUGAUGAAAAACAGUUACCAACAUUGUGUAUAAAUUGUACCAUACAUAAACUAUAACGUUUCAUUGUAUAAUUUUAAAACAUAUACUUUUUCUGAUAAAUAUGUUUGUCAUCUACUUUAGGAACGGCUUUCUUCACUAUGUUUUGUUUCUUUCUACUCGGUUUUCAAUUUUCAACUUCGAAAUUCACUUUCCACGCCAUGUUAACCUAAAUAUUAGAUGAGAAAGAUUUGUACGAUUUUUGUUGGCCAAGAAUUGAACGGGAAAGAACAUAUAUUGCAGUGCAUUGGUUUUGUCGAUGUUGAAGUUAUUUUCCAGGAGUACUUGCAAUUCAUCAGAAGAUAAUUCUCUGACAAAAACGUAGCAGAAAAAGAUAUAGCAAUGAUAGGUUGAUUGGAUACAUUAUGUACAUGUAUAAUAUGUUAUCUGGUCCAUAUGUUUUCUGAAUAUAAGGCAUCAGUACUUAAACACGUGUGUCCUUUAGUUCAACGAAUCUUCAGUGGCGUUGAAGCCCGUCGUAUUUCCAUUUGCACGUUUCAAUGGAAAACAUUGGAGGACAGUUUGUAGACCGAGAUAAAUACGUUUUUCUGUACGCAGAACAGUUUGUAGACGGCGAAAAAUAUAUUUUUGUAUACGCAGGACAGAUUGUUGACUGCGAUAAAUACAUUUUUGUGUACGCAGGACAGUUUGUAGACCGAUAAACAAAUGUUUGUGUACGGAGGACCGUUUAUAGACCGCAAUAGAAAAAUUAUAUACGCAGGACAGUUUGUAGACCGCGAUAAAUACAUUUUUGUGUACGCAAGGCAGUUUGUAGACCGAGAUCGAGGCAUUAUGUAAGACAGUGUGCACGUGAGUAUGACCGAGAUAAUACAUUUUGUGUACGCAUGACAUUUUGUAGAUCGAGACAGAGGCAUUUUUGUAAGACAGUGUGCACGUGAGUGUGACCGAGAUAAUACAUUUUGUGUACGAGAUGCAUAUUUCAUGUAUUUUUUUAUGUUUGAAUGCGUUGUUUGUAUUUCUAUAUCAUACAAUAACCAACUCAGUACUGGACAUAAGCAUUCUGAUGAUGGUUUAUAUGUAAGUUAAUUGAUAAAGAAACAUAACAUUUCCAUUGAACAUGUUUCGUUUAAGAUGCAUGAUUGUCUAGUGUACAUGAAAGAAAACGUUUCAUUAUCGUUUCAUUGUAUUGAAGAUUUUAAUUCUUAUUGAGUAUAAAACUUGCGAUCAAUUUUAUUUUCCAUUGCUAAUUAUGUUCUUGUUUAUACCAUUGAAUAUUUUAAUAAAAUUAUAUCUAGAACUAGUUAAUCCUGUGUACCAUAAAAUUAAGUCUUCCUCAAUUUUUUAAAUCCCAAUUCUGAUAUCACUGACAUUCCACAAUGAAUAUUUCCUAUAGUAAUUCUGUAUAUCAUGGUUAUUUAUUUAUUUUUUUUUUUAUAAUUUUCCAAUUUGGUUCAUAAUGGAUUGAAGCAUUUUCUAAGUGUCAUAAGCUCUCGCCAGUUGUGUUUCCGUAUGAUGAUAUCUGUGUUUAUGCCAUAAUAAGAUAUAUGUUUGUCGUUUUAAACAGCGUUGUCAUUUUCUUUUUAUAUAGUUCCACUGCUAGUUUUUCAACGCAAUACUUUUCAGUUCCAGUUUUUGGCUGGUUUCGUCAGAUCUUGAUUCAUCUAUUACUCUUAUACUUUGGAUUAUUUUCGUUUGACUGAUGUUAAACCACUUGAUUUCGACGGCUGUUGUUUAGAGACAAUAUUCGAAUGUGUAUGUUUAAACAUGUUUUAUUCGUGACUAAAGAAGACUAGCAGUUCUGUUGACUAUUGAAGAAAUGUCACAUUUGUUUUUGUGAGUUUUCUUCUAGGGUCUUCUUUUAGUUCUCUUUUGUGUGAGUCUGUCUCGUCUUCUAAUCAAAAUAGCCUGAUAAAGUGUUGCAACUGUCAAGAGAUGUAUUGAUUUGCUGAUUACGCUAUUGCAUGUUGAUGAAGAAAUGGGUAGCUUACCACAUCAAAUAUGCACUUCGUUGUUUAAAUUGAUAAAUUAGUCGGUAUAUUGAUUAUAUGUACAUUUGUGGUAACGCACAACGCACCGAAAACUUCGUUCAUUACCGAAAUUAUGAAUAAAAUUUUUAAUGAAAGGAUAA